GCGAGACACAUACAACACAUUUACCAGUAAAAUUCGAACAAUUUGAGGARAAAAACAGUGAGAUAUGACCUCCGAGAGCUUUCUUAACGUUAGCGUAAAAACCUAACUUGUUGAAGGCGCAACAAUCUGACCGUUUUAGCUCGUUUUAAUUCACAGCCGACGAGUGCUAGCAUUGAUGCUAACAUCUGUAGGGUUAAUGUUAUUUUUAAUGUGUCGUGUUUUAAUUAAUAACAACGAACGAAAUAUUUGGGCUAGUCGAACCUGUGAGGGGUCACAUAUACUAGGUGUUUUAGCAAUCUGCUCAUAGCAUUUUUAGAUUUCUGAAAACGAAACGCCAAUGUUGUAGCACGGCAGUCUCUUCAUCUCUUCAUCCUGUGCGGCUGUAACUUGUUUAAGCGCCUGUGUGUGUCAAAUGAUGAAUUAGUCAGUGUGAGAGUUUGAUGUCGGUGCGGCAGAGAGCGUAUUCAGUGACUGUCAGGGUUAUUGUUGUGGCAGCUGUUGUGCUUCCUUUCUGURUCUGUAACUUCAGCCAGAAGAUGUUUCAUCAUUAGUGAUAUAAAUAACCUCCAGCUGCUCACAGUCAGCCUGUAGUGAACCCCAAGACACUGCUGUCUCCUCAGAUUUAUGUUUGGUUUCAGGCUGCUCUCCUACUGCAAAAUACAGUGUUUAUGACUAUCUACAAUUAGCUGUAUUUCAGUCACAAUUUUAUCGCCACCUUUGGAUAGUAAUACUUUAAAUACCACCUCAGAGUGGAUCCAGUUUUUUAAGGAUGCAGGGAUUCCAGCUGGCCUCGCAGUCAAUUAUGCUGUUUCCUUUGUGGACAACAGAAUUCAGAAGAACAUGCUGAUGGACCUCAGUAAAGACAUCAUGAUGGACCUCGGUAUUACAGUUGUUGGUGACAUCAUUGCCAUUCUUAAACAUGCCAAGCAGGUGUACAGGCAGGAUAUGUGUAAAAUGGCAACGGAGGCCAUCUCCUCUGGACAAACAAGUGUCCAGGCUGAGCUGAGAAGAACUGCCAACACUCCUGCUACACGUAUGAUUGCCAACGCUCUGAGCCACGAUUCCCCUCCAACCACUCCGGCCCGCCGACCCGACAACCGGCUCUCCGUCACRGUGUCCAACUCUCAGGCAAACAAAAACAACAAAGCAGUCGUCAGUCAACCAGCCGACGAGGGGAACGGGUUGCCAGCGGUGAAGCGCCGGCGUGUGACGGCCGAGAUGGAAGGCAAGUACAUCAUCAACAUGCCCAAAGGCUCCACGCCUCGUACACGUCGUAUCCUGGCCCAGCAGGCCAAGAAAGGUUUGAAGCGUACCUCUGUGUUUGAACGACUUGGAGCUGAAUCGAUGGCCGACACGACGACCAGUAAUAACAAGCCGACUGGCGUGUUCAGUCGCCUCGACAGAGCGGACGAAGGCGAAGAUGCGCCGAAGCCAGGAAACGUGGCUGUGAUCGUGGAUGAAGACGAGGAGGAGAGCGAUGGAGAAGGUUCUGUCCUGCAGUACGCUGGCAUUCUCAAAAGGCCCCCUCCACAGCCGAAGAAGAAGCCCACCACGAAAGCAGCCCCCGUCAGCCUGCGACGCCUCGGAGGGAAAUUUAAACGUCCUCCUUCUGACUCCCCCACUUCCUCCUCUGCUUCUUCUCCAAAAGUCCCUCCCGCCAAAGUCAGCAUUCUACAGAGACUGGGCAAACUCCCAGCGGCGAGCGCUGGCGUGUCCGCGGCGCCCGCCGACACGCAGGACAACAAAGUGACGAGCACCAAGCCCAGAGCACCGGAGAAAUCCACUGUAGCCAGCUGCAAAGUCAGCAGCAGCACCGGGACUGGGGGGGCAGGAGGGGCAGAGCCUGUGGGGGCCAAGAUGGACGUCAAGGCUGUCAGUGUUUUUAAGAGACUUGGCAGCAAGCAACCCUAACACACUCAGCUGUUUUGUAAGCWUCCAGUUAGUUUGUGUUCAGGCAGGACUGCAGAUUAUUUUUUAUCUGAAGCUGUUUUUUAUCGUUAUCGUCUCACCYGUGUGGAUGCAACGUUCUGUCAACACUUUAAACCAUUUUGCCAGUAAAACGUCAGUUUCUAGAGUCAUAGCUUUUAAA